GUAAACAGUGUGAAUUAGUGUGAAUUCAUCCAAAGUGACUUUUGCUUUUUGUAAAAUAUUAAAUUAAACACACUCCAGAAAUAAUGAGUUUUGGUUUGUCACCAUUAAUAUCAAACCCUACUGUCAAUGAACAGUUCAACAUUCGUAAUGAUAACUAUGGUGUGUCAAGUCCUAUGGUUUCUGGGUUGUCAGCAACAAGGCAAAGCAUAGGUGUCUCGCAUCCUUUGGAAGCUUCAGAAAAAAAUUUUAUAAAAAACCAUGACUGCAUGAAUAUGGUAAUGCUCAGAAAUAUACAAGGAAUACAUGCACCAAUGCGAAUAGCGAUGGAAUUAAAAGCUACUGAAAAGAUUGGAAGACUUCCAUUUCUGCCAUCAUCAAAUGUUAUGAGGGAUGUUUUACUUGGUAGAGAUGAAGAUAUAGGAUUUGAAGACAUAUUAAACACACCAGAAUUUAGGGAACAAAUGGGCGAACCACAUGCUGUUAUUGAAAAGAGUCUUGGAAUAUUGUAAUAUUUUUAUUUCAUAUGUGAGGCAUUGGCUUUGUAUUAUUGAAUACACUAAGUAACAAUAAAUGUUUAACUCCUCAAUUUAA